GCAAGAAACGUGAGGAGAUUUUGCAGUGAAAAUGGAUUAAGUUUGAUGGGGCUCCCUGACGCACAUUUGGAGUUGGAGGUGGCAAAAGCUAUAACCGAGACUGGACCUACAUAUGGAAGAAAGAUGAUGAAGGGUUAUCUCGCUAUGAAAGGAGUGUAUGCUGCAGAGACACGAAUUGGAUCAGUGCUCAGAACCAUGCAUCAGCCAUACCAUGAAGCAAGACGUCAGGGUGCCCGCAAUCUCAACCCCAUACCAUAUCAAGCUGAUUACAUGGGUCAAAAGGUUCAUAUGGACCAAAACGAAAAACUGGCUAUGUUUGGGGUUACCCAUGUUUUAGCCAUCGAUGGCUACAGCAAAAAGAUUGUUGCUCAUUCUACAAUGCCUAUAAAAAACAACCUUGCCAUCUAUGAAGAUGUUUUCAGGCCUGCAGUCCUUGCCUAUGGUAUGUGGGACCAGGUACGAGUAGAUCAUGGCAAGGAGUUUUAUUUGACACUUUUCAUGCAGGAGCUGCUGUCAUCUCACCGCCAUAAUCAGGAGCGAAGGCCAUAUUUACAGACUUCAUCCACAAAGAAUCAUAUAGUUGAACGAAUCUGGCCUGAAGUCAACAAUCGUGUCAACUAUCCACUGAAGACAGCACUUAUGGGGUUGGUGGAUCAAGAGGAAAUAGACAUGAACGACAGCCUUGUGAGAUAUUGUGUGUCCAACCUUACUGGCCGCUUGUGUGAGAUUGGUCUUACAAGGCUGGUGGAGUCAUGGAAUGCUCAUAGAAUUCCAGGUAAAGGAACACCAAAUGACUUGGCUGGCCGUGGGUGUCCCAAAAAAAUCCAUCAGGAACUGUUGCCUCAUUCAGCUGAAGCAGCAGACCUUUACAGCCAACAGCUGGGAUCAUCACUGACCAGGCAUUCAACUUUUGGAGUGGAUCCAUUUUCAAAUGAACAGGACAAGAUUACAGUUGAGAACCAGUUUGCCGAGCAUUAUUCAGACAUUUCAGAAUUGUACUCUAGAGCAGUGAACAAUGACUUUGCCCCAUACAAACAGGCAUUGCUCUGUCUUAUAACCACAACUCAGUGCAAUGUGUGAAAAGCCAUUAGCUCUAUUUAACUUGAAGACGGUUAACUUGAAAUUUGUUUGUGUAAAAAUUCAA